AUGGCUGACAUUGACUGGCCAAAGAAUGAUAACCGUCGAUUUCUUCAUGUUGUUUACCGUGUCGGUGACCUUGAUCGCGCCAUCAAGUUUUAUACUCAAGCUCUUGGAAUGAAGCUUUUGAGACAAAGAGAUGUUCCAGAUGAGAAAUAUGCUAACGCUUUUGUUGGAUUUGGCGAUGAAAAAUCACAUUUUUCUAUUGAAUUAACAUAUAAUUAUGGAGUGAGUUCUUAUGAUGUUGGAAAUGGCUUUGGACAUUUUGGAAUUGCAACACAAGAUGUUUACAAAUUGGUUGAGCACAUUCGGGCUUUUGGUGGAAACAUCACUAGGGAGGCUGGUCCAGUUCAGGGCGGAACAACUGUUAUCGCCUUUGUGAAGGAUCCUGAUGGCUACACUUUUGCACUCAUCCAAAGAUCUGUAAUUGUUGAUCCUUUUGCUCAUAUCACGCUCCGCGUUGGUGAUUUAGAACGCGCCAUAAAGUUUUAUGAAAAGGCUUUGGGCUUGAAGGUGGUGAGGAAGAAUGAUAAUCCUGAGAGCAAGUACACUGUUGCUGUACUUGGGUAUAAAGGGGAGGAAGAGUCAACUGUGUUGGAGUUGACAUAUAACUACGGUGUCACCGAGUACUCUAAGGGAAAUGCUUAUGCGCAGAUUGCAAUUGGUACCGAUGAUGUAUACAAAAGUGCUGAGGUAUUAACCCUAGUCACGCAAGAACUUGGAGGGAAGAUCACUCGGCAAGCAGGACCGCUUCCCGGCCUUAACACGAAAAUUGUUUCAUUUCUUGACCCAGAUGGAUGGAAAACUGUGUUGGUUGACAAUGAGGAUUUACUGAGGGAGCUGGAGCAGGAGUGA